AUGGUGUUUCCUCCAAAACUAGAUCUCAAGUACGAGAUGCUGCGUGAUUUGGGUCAAGGCGCCUACGGUUUAGUCUGUGCCGCAAAGGACAGAUCCACAGGAGUUGAAGUGGCAAUUAAAAGACUAUCAAAGAUCUUUGAAAAGCCAAUUCUUGCAAAACGGGCAAUUCGAGAAAUUAAACUGUUGCGGCAUUUUACUGGUCACGAAAAUAUUACAUCUAUUUUGGAUAUGGAAGUGACGGAGCAAGAUGACCAGUACGAAGAAAUAUAUUUGGUUCAGGAACUUAUGGAAGCGGAUUUGCAUCAGAUUAUUCGGUCGGCACAGGCUCUUACAGAUGCACACUACCAAUAUUUUAUUUAUCAAAUAUGUCGCGGUCUCAAGUAUAUUCACUCUGCUAAUGUGCUUCACAGAGAUCUUAAGCCAGGCAAUGCAUAUCGCUGUUAUGUUAAACUCUUUCUGUCGUGUUUAGGAAAUCUGUUGGUCAAUGCUGACUGUGAGCUCAAGAUAUGCGACUUUGGGCUUGCGAGAGGAUUCUCUAGUGAGCCUGAUGUUAAUGGAGGAUUUAUGACAGAAUACGUAGCAACAAGAUGGUACCGCGCACCAGAAAUUAUGCUAGCAUUUAGAAAUUAUACCAAAGCCAUUGAUAUGUGGUCUGUUGGAUGCAUUUUUGCGGAGCUUCUUGGUAGUAAACCACUUUUUAAAGGCCGUGACUAUGUUGACCAAUUGAAUCAGAUUCUGAGUGUUCUUGGAACUCCUGAUGAUGAGACACUAUCUAGAAUAGGAAGCGAAAGGGCGCAACUUUACAUUCGUAGUUUGCCCAAAAUGAAAAAGGUUCCUUGGAUCAAUCUGUAUCCCAAAGCAACUCCAGUUGCCAUUGACCUUUUGGAGAGAUUGCUUUCGUUUGAUCCAGCACUUCGCAUUACUGUUGAGGAGGCAUUAGCCCAUCCUUAUCUUGAGGCAUACCAUGAUAGUGAGGACGAGCCGGUUCACCCUUCUCCGUGCGAUUUCUCGUUUGAGUCGAUCGAUUCGAUCGAAGAAAUUAAGCGUACGCACUAUUUCUAUACUUGA